UGUUCUGCUGUAUUUAUAGGAUCGGUGUUUUUCAGCGUCAUUUUCUAGUAAAUUAUGAAUUUUAAAACAUAGUUUUCAUUAAAUAAGUAUUUAUACAGAGAUAUUCUAAAAGUCCUAAUUUAUGUGAUAUUUCGCAUCCUGUAAUUUCGUCCCUCUCAGCGUAGGAUGUGGUACCAGUAUUUGUUUACAAAAGUGAUGUUUUGAUAAUUAUCCGCCUAAUGUUCAAAGAUGAACAUCAUGCGCAAAUUGCUUGUCGGUCAUUCGAGGGGUGCGGCCAUGGGAGAAGAUCCACCUCCAUCAUCACAACAUACUGCAUUAGGUCUUAUGCACCUACACAAACUGUUUAGUGAACUUGCCCACCCUGCUCAUCCUUUAAGUCAAAAUGAACAGGAGCAACGUCUUUAUAAUAUGCUGCCAUUGUUUUGUAAGGUAUUUGGAAAUUGUCCCUCCUCUGAUAUGAUGGAAAAAUUUUCCGAUAUACUAACGUUUUGCCAAUUGGUUUCAAGACUUAUGGUAUCAGAAAUACGCCGACGAGCCUCAAAUCAAAGCACUGAAGCAGCCAGCUGUGCAAUUGCAAAAUUUCUAGAAAUUUCUAGUACUGAAGAACUUAGCAAUGGUUGGAUGUUGCUGACUGCUGUGAAUCUUUUGGCUGCUGGUGAUGCUCCUUUAGUUGAUAUAAUGACUGCCUCCUCAUUACCUUCAACAUUAGUUAAGUGCCUGUAUCUCUUUUUUGAUUUGCCACCCAUAGAAAACCCAGAUGACAUAGAUCCAGAAUGUGAAUUCUCCCCCAAAGAAAGAAGAAUUUUGUUACAAAAAGUAUUUGUUCAGGUUUUGGUCAGACUUUGUAGCCACUCUGGCCCAGCAGAAGAAUUGAGCAGAAAAGAUGAUCUCACAUUACUAUUCAGUGCUAUAACAAGCUGGUGUCCUCCACACAAUGCAGUGUGGAGAAAAAGUGCUGCCGAAGUACUCAUGACACUUUCCCGUCAUGGGUUGUCCCAUUCCGUUGUCAGUUAUAUUCACAAUAAAGCUUGCAUAGCACUUUGUGUUGAAAACAUGCAAAGGGUUCAAGAGUUAUCACCUUUAGAAAUUGUGGAAAUGUUUGUUACUGUAUUUUGCUUCUUGAAAGACUCAAGUGAAGUGUCACAGAUAAUUUUGGAUGACUUUCGAACUUGUCAGGGAUACAUUUUUCUGUCAGAGUUUCUUCUUAGGCUAGAACAGAAUACCUCUGAAGAAGCAUGUGAAGCCCUGCGUAAUAUUGUCCUGCUUAUCGCUUCCCUCACUUCUUGUGGUUACAUUGAGCUAAAACCUAGCCAUGCUAGCACAGGUUCCCUUUAUUCCUUGCCUGGCUUUCAAAUUCCUCAUUUAUCUGGUGCAAGUGUAAGAAAUCUUCAAGCAUUCCAAGUUUUGCAAUCAGUAUUUAUGAAGGCCCAGACACCUUACUUGUGCAGCCUGUUAUUGGAUGCUGUCAGUACUGUUUAUCAUUCUGAUAAAGCUAAUUAUUUUAUUUUGGAAAGUCAGCAUACUCUUUCUCAGUUCUCAGAGAAGAUCCAUGCUAAACCUCCAGAAAUUCAGGAAAAAUUCUUCAAGUUACUAGAAUUUGUAAUUUUUGACUUGAAUUUUGUGCCUUGUAAAGAAUUUAUCAGUUUAAGCAUUCUUCUGAAAACACAAAACUCUACAACAUGUAGCAUAUUGUGUCUGAAGAGUUUGUUGAAUAUUCUACAUUCCAAUUCUAUAUUUAAAGAUGUGUACAGAGAAGUUGGUCUUUUAGAAGUUCUAGUUACUUGUCUUCAUAGGUAUGCUGCUAUUUUAAAGGAAGCAUUCCCUGAUGUAUCAGAUGAAAAGCCAGCUAAUUGUGAAAUACCUGAAGAUCAGUUAACCUUAGGAUCAUUAGUAAUGGAGGCCUUAACAGCUUUGCUGAAUUCUAAUUCCAAUAAUGCUAGUGUAUUCAGAGAAAGUGGUGGUGCUCGUUGUGCUCAUAAUAUGGUUCCUUAUCAUAUAUGUCGUCAAGCUGCACUAGGCAUUGUCCAACAACUUGUGUUGAGUGUUGGUGGAGAUGACGAUAUGGGAACUUUGUUAGGAUUAAUGCAUACGGCACCAGUUUUAGCCCUUGAUUUAAAAACUCAUAUUUUAAAGUCCCUUCUCUUUGUCUUGCGAGAGAGUCAUAGAACUCGAACGGUUUUUAGAAAAGUUGGGGGCUUUGUUUAUGUGAUGUCUGUCCUAGUUUCAAUGGAAGGUUGUCUUGCAGAGCCACCUAAGCCACCCUGGAAUACAG